CCGUUUCUUACUAUCUUUCUCUAUAUACUAAUAUACACACAUUUAUAUAUAUGGCUGACCCUAAAGAUCCUUUCACUGAACCUAAACCUAUAAGCCAAGCUUCUUCAUCGUCAGUUACUAUUGUCCCAGCUCACACGUGCGGUUACAGUCUCUCAGAGUCAUCCACGUGUGAACACUCUUGUCCACUUGCUACUGUCUCUUUUGCGGCUGCUUCUUCUACUACAAGUAGUAACGAUAAUGUCAUCUUAAUGGCCACUACCGAGGCCGGCCCUACCCCUCGCCGGAAAAAGCAUCCGAUUUAUCGUGGGAUCCGUUGCCGGAGCGGCAAAUGGGUCUCCGAGAUCCGAGAGCCUAAGAAGACGACACGUGUCUGGCUCGGGACUUAUACGACCCCUGAGAUGGCUGCCGCCGCCUACGACGUGGCGGCUUUAGCUCUUAAAGGCCGAGAAGCCGUCUUAAACUUCCCGGAGUCUGUCGGGAGUUACCCUCUUCCGGUAUCCUCCUCCGCAGCUCAUAUCCGAAUGGCUGCGGCUACGGCGGCUGCUACGGUUGGCGCUGAGGCUGCAGCUGCGGCUGCCAAUGCGGCUGUGAAGGGACGUGAAAAAGAGGUUGAGGAAGUUGCCGAGGUGGUGGGAUCUUCAGCUAUGGAAUUUGUGGAUGAAGAAGAGCUAUUGAACAUGCAUGGUUUGCUAGAGGAGAUGGCGAAGGGGAUGAUGGUGGCUCCGCCGUGGAUAGGGUCUCCUCCGUCCGAUGAUUCGCCGGAGAAUUCCCAGGAAGAGAGUCUCUGGAGUUACUGAUUUAAUUUUGUAUUGUAUGCUUUGUUGACUUUUAUGCGAAUCAUAAGUGUUCUUUUAUCCUAAUGAUGAUCACUUAUCUGAGAUGCUUAAUUUUGUUAAAUAAAUCGUAUGUUUUUCUCACUUUUCAA